GACCUUUACUCUUUUUAUGACAAUUCUGAUAUGCACCAUGGUCAUAUGGCAGCCUAUUUCUUUACUCAUCGUGCUAUUAAGACAUCAGGAGCAACAAUGUUCAGGUGCUCUAUUCUGCUCUGCUUGUCAGUGCUGCUGUACAGCACCACAGCAAGCCCAUAUAAAUCAUGGGGAGAUGAAAAGCAUACAUCAGUUCAAGAUACAAGGUCUCAUGAUUUUAAUGAGAAGAUCAUGCUGGGACUUAAGGAAGUUGAACCUGUAGAGGAACAGGAUCUGACAGAGAUCGACAUUGAUCCUCACAUGGCCAUAUGGAAAGCUAUGAAGCAUUUUCACCGGCAGAAAUACAAUAAGCCUGAAGAAGACAACGACAAGCUCUACCUUCCAUCUGACGUUCAGCACUCAGCUGGAAACAAGCAGGAUGAAGCCUACCUUGAACCUCAAUACUAUGGUCAAGGCCGGCUCUAUCAAGAAGCUGAGAAGGACCUCGAUGACGUUUACCAUAACAUACAGGGACUAGUGAAUCAUGCUGACCUCAAAGAGAGAGUGGUCCAGCCUGACAUACCAGUGCCCGACAAGGCUGAAAUAAAGGAACUACGUGAAACAAGUGUGUAUAUGACCCCAGAGGAAGACAAAGAUGGCCUGUAUCACGGAGAUUUUACAGGCCAAGUGUUCCAGGUUCCAAUUAUGGAAAAUCUUCCCAAGAAGGUUUAUAUGGAGCCUGAAGAGGACCGUGAUCACCUCUUCCAUAGCUAAACAAGAAUAAUGCACUUAAAAUCAUGAAAUCAUUUUCAGAAUGUGUUAAAUUGCAUGAAUUUAUUAAAUUUGUAAUAGCUUGAUGAAAAUAAAAAGCCAUGUAAAUCUCAUUCUGAUCAUCUGCACAUAGCAGAUAAAGCUCUGAUAGUGUACAGAAGAUUGCGAGUUUCACUAGCAGGACUGCCAGAUCCAUCAGUGGGACCUUGAGUAAGGCCCAUAAACCUCAACUGCUCAGCUGUAGGCUGCUUGGAUUGUCUCAAUUCUGCAUUGCUCUGUAUAGGAGUACCAGCCAAAUUAAUAAAUGUAAACUUAUUAUAAGCACA